AUCUUGACUUCCGUCAAAGCUCUUCUAUAUUAACGUGAGUUAUUUUUAGCGGCGCACGAACCAUAAUAAGCUGCUUGACGAGAUCGUAAAUGAGAACAUGAACGCGUCGAGCAUGUUAUUCCGAUUCGGCGUCAUUGUCACGCCGGACUCGCCGCACGUCGAGCUCUUUGUUUUGGGCUCGCGCGAGGAAAUGGGCCAGUGGGAGCCCAGCAAAGCGGUUCGGAUGACAGCGUGCCGGAGCUCCGUGUCGACCCGGGAGCCGUGUCUGUGGCUCGGCGACGUGCGGCUGCGGGAGCCCUUUAAGGACACACUGUGGUUCAAGUUCAUCCGAAGAACGGACGGACAUUUGAUCUGGGAAGGCAACGGGCCCCACCAUGACAGAACAUGCUCCUACGACGAGCGGAACGUGUUGGACGGGGUCCACUGCCACCCGAUCGGCCACUGGAUCGAAGAGACGGGCCACACGGACGAGAUGAAGCACACCGCCGACUUCUACUUUAGUGUGGCCGGUCAGAACGCCAUGCACUUCUCCAGGGUGCUACCGAGACUUUGGCUGGGCAGCUGUCCUCGACUGCCGGAACACGUGACUAUCAAGAUGAAGCACGACCUCGGCAUCAGCGCAGUAAUGAACUUCCAAACGGAGGCCGAUUUGAUGAACAACUCCCACGGCUGCGAGCAGAACCUUGGCGAAGCGAUGACGCCGGACACCAUGACGCAUUUGUACGAGCACUGUGGCCUCGCGUACGUGUGGAUCCCCACGCCUGACAUGAGCACCGAGGGUCGCAUCCGGACGCUUCCGCAGGCUGUAUUCCUGCUUCACGGUCUCUUGGAGAACGGUCACACCGUGUACGUCCACUGCAACGCCGGCGUGGGCCGCUCGACGGCCGCCGUGUGCGGCCUGCUCAUGUACGUGCUGGGCUGGAGCCUAAGGAAGGUUCAGUACGCGGUGACGGCCAGGCGGCCCGUUGCGUACAUUGACGAGGAGGCGCUAGUGCGGGGCCAGGCCGACUUCAAUCGCAAGUUUGGCCGGCUACGAUCGUCCAUCUCCUACGCAGAAUCCUGAAGGCAAGAAGACAGACAGACGCCCUCGCAUGAACCCGCCCAAGAGUGUCUCCUUAUGCUGAAAGCGUCGAUAGGUCGGCCGCGUUUGUGCGGGGACGAGCCGGCGCGUGGCUGCCAUUAGCCCGGACGAGGCGGCGCGCUCAUAAAUCACCGGCGACGACGCGUUAUGAAUCACUGGGAACUGGCUGGGCAAGUUUUACAACAGCUCUGCUACUUGAUGACAGAAUUUGCAUUUACACGAAAAUGUUGGUACAAGAGAGACUAAUGGAAAUGUGUGUAUGUGAAUAAAU